ACUCGACUCGUUUAGUUCGGCGUUUCGUUUCACAGAAAAGCGAGGAGCGCGCAUGCGGCUUUUCCACCGCGAAUUUUCCAACCGAUCUGUGUAUUUUUUAUUGUUUUUUUUUUCUACCUGCGGCGGCCUUCCGAUGACCGGGCCAAAGAGCAUCUGUGUUUCUUGCGAGUGCAUCUGCCUUUUUGCUGGCGAGUGUUACAAUUGUCGCACGUAAUCGUGCUGGCAGUUACGCCUCAGAAAGCAGCCGAAAAAAUUAAAAAACAGCCAAACGGCGCAGAUACAAGAUACAAAAGUAUCUGGUACAAAAAAACACAUGCGUUACGCUCAGCUGACUCGCUGCGUUCGUUUGUAUGCUGUACGCUGUAUGCUGUGUGUGUGAACGUGUGCUUAGCUUAGCUAACAAAUUGGUUAGAUAAAUUAAGCAAAAAAAAAAAACUGUGAAAUUCGCGAAUAAAAAAUUUCAACCGAAAGCUGAAACUGAAAGUAAACAGUGCUUAUAUAUUUAACAUAAUAUAUAUAUAUAUUACAAAAUAUAAAAUAUAUAGAUCACAUCGUAUCAUACUAUAUUAUUAUAUAUCCCCGCUCCUUUCCCCGCGGCUGGCCGAAAAAAAAUGUCACAAUUCCGCGAUAAUUCAUGGCUCGCCAAUGCGCGAUCCUAUGGCGUUUUGAAGAGUUUGCGUAGCUCGGCCCGUUAUGCCAAGGCCAAAUCCAAGUCGGCCAUUAAUCUCAAUGCCCACCUGAAGAAGCAGCAGAAACAGGAGGAAGAGAGCCCGGACAGCAAAAAGAAGAGGAACGAGGGCAAGAAAAAGGGGCUCAGACAGAGCCUCAGCGAGGAUCAGCCGAUCUAUGCGAAUGUGGAUGAGGUUAUACCGAUACCAAUAUCGAUCCAUCUAGAAACCGAAAACGCAACCGAAGUCGAUGCUCUAAUGGGUAAUGCACAGCCGUCGACGAUGAACCUGCAUAGAUUCAAGCGGGGCGGCAAAUAUAAUACCGCCAUGGCCGAUCUGCCCCAAGUGCCCAUCGGGGAUAGUGCCAAUAAUACGAAUAAUACGGGAAAUACCAAUAACAAUACCAGUGUCGGUGCUAAUAACAACAACAAUGUGAGCAGCAAUAACAACAACCACAAUUCCAGUGGCGGAGCCAAGGGAUUUCUGGGCAGGAUCAAGCGAUACUCGGUGCUGGGAAAUCGCCUGGGACGUCGCCAUCUCGGCAGUAUGAAUCUGAAUCCAUCGACCAACGACGGCGAUAACUCAGUUUCGCCCAGUAAACUUCACACCGGCAGCUACAACAUGACCGGCAGUCAUUCGGAUGACCAUCGCUUGGAGAUCGGUGCUCCCGUUUUGAUAUCCACCACCACUCUGGACACGGAUCGUUUCGAUGUCACCGAGGCGAGGCUCAAGCAGAUUGGCGGCGGCAUAGCCAUGAACUCAAACAUAGUGAGAACCCUGACGCCCAGGAGUUCGGAUGAGGAUGAGUUUGUGGACGCCAGGAGCAGUCCGCAGGAGAUGGAGAGCGAUGAGAAUAGCAAGAAUCAGAAGGAAACCGAGGAGGAUACCAAGAAGGAACCACAGCAGGCGGAGGAGAAAAAAGAUGUAAAGGAAGAACCAGAAGAACCCGAGGAGCCGGAACAAUUUCAGACCCCCAAACACGAGGUUGUGGAGGAACAGCAGAUGGUUGUCCCUCAUGAGGUGAAGCGACCCACAACCCCAGUACCCACCGAUAUGGAACCUCCAAUGCGACGACCUCGCAUUGGCCGCCAGCAAAGGCAAUCGCAGUCCGUGCAGAAUCUUCAUCGCAGCGUUACGAUCUACCUGCACAAGUCGAAUUCGAUGGUUCUGGACAUGAACGUUACGGCACCGGCCAAACUGGGACUCGAUCUGAAUGUACCCGAGUUGCCGGAACUCUUUGGCGCCAGCGAACUCAGUUUGGCGGCCAGUGAUAAUCAGGAGAAUAAUAAGGAGAAUCAACCGAAGCCAUCCGCCGAGCGGUCACCCAUACCAAAUGGUGGCUUCUUGGCCCAACAGCCGCACUUCAAGAGCCUGGACUCGUUUCAGCUCAACUCGCACUCGCACUCCCGGUCCCACCUGAGUUCCCAUCAGAGUUCCCGCCAAAGUUUGGCCUGCAGCAGCGGCGGAGGCGAAAGCCAUGGGGAAUACGACUUUGAUCUCAAGUCGGUCAGCUGCCAGAGCCUCAAUCCCCAGAAUCUCUUUGUGUCCAUUGACGAGCUGCAGGAGCUGUCUCGUCAGAUCAACGAAACCGAGGACUUUGGCAAGGAGAUCGAUCUGGAGUACUGUACGCAUCGCGAUCAACUGAAGCCCAGCGAGCGCAGGAUUACGCUGCUGAAGAACAAGAACCAGACGCUGAUCAACUUCAAUCACAACAAGGAGAAGCUGCGCAAGGGCUGGCACGGCAUGAAGCACUGGCUGGGCGAGGAGGGCUCCAGGAUCAAGGAGGCAGUGCGUCAGCAGACGCCGCUCAAGCGUCUGGCCCAAUCGCGGAGCAAUCUCAACCAGUCGACCCAGGAUGCCAGUCGCGUAUCGCUGUCGCCGGAUCGCAGUCGUCGCGAAAUGACCGAGAGCUGCGAGGAUGUCACCGAACGCACCGAAAUGGAGUCGUCCGUGUCGCACCGCAACAGCGAGGAGGAUCUGUCGCCGCAUGCCAAGCGGUUCAAGGAUGAGGGACAGAACGGCUUCGAGGAACUUCGGCGAUAUGUAAAACAGGGCGGCGACUUCAGCAAGGAGCUAAUUUUCGUCCUGCAGGAGAGAGCCGACUCGGAGCUCAUCUACUCCAAGUCGCUGUCGAAGCUGGCCAACAAGCUGAACAAGGCCGGCAGGGAGAUCCCCGGGAGCGUGGCCGACGCCUGGCGUGGAGUGGCUACGGAGAUGGAGAGCCGCAGCGACAUCCAUCGCCAGUUGGCGGCCUCGCUCACCGAUGAGCUGGUCAAGCCGCUCAAGAGCGUCGUCGAAGGACACCACAAGGCACGCAAGACGGUCGAGAGCAAUGUGGACAAGGCUGCCCGAGUGCUGGGCGAAUGGCGGGCCAGCGAGGCGAAGGCCAAGAAGGCCUCCCACACGGCGGCCCGCGAGAACGAGAAGCUGCAGGACGCAAUGCUGGACGUGCGCAUCCAGAAGUCGCCAUCGAUCGCCCUGCUCCACCAGGGCCCCAACAAGCAGGCCGCCGAGAAGGAGCUCAAGUCGGCGGAGAAGGACUGCGUUAAGUUGGACAACAAGCGCAAGAAGGCCGAGGAGGCGGUAAAGCGGGCGGAUGUCGAGUACUACACCCUGUGCGUCCGUGCGGAGCGUGCCCGUGUCGACUGGGAGAUGGCCGUGCUGCGUGGAAGUGCCCAGCUCCAGAGCAGCGAGCAGCAGCGACUGGGCAAUAUGCACAACUUUGCCCAGCAGUACGCGCGUCUCAUCUCGGACAUGAAUCCCAUUCUGGGUGGCCUGAGCACCCGGCUGCAGCCGCAGCUGGAGGCCUGCAAUGUGGCCAAGGAUAUGCAGGUGGUGCGCCACAUCCGCCGCAACUCGGAGGGUCCCUCAGAGCAGCUGCUGCCUGAUUUCUACUGCGAGCACACCACGCUGGCCAUGAACCGCGAGCGCCGCAAGCACGCCCUCAUUAAGCUGCUCCAACUGGUCAAGUCGGACCUGGAGCGCGAGCGCCGAUCCCGCGACGGAUUGAGGGGCCUGUCGCAGUCGCUCAACCACCAGGAGCACCAGAAUAUCACCGACAAGCUCUAUCACAUCCGCUCCAUGCUGACCUAUUUGGAGGGCGCCCGCCUCAAGCUGCACUCGGCCCUCUUGGAGCUGGACCACAAGCCCAGGACCACUCACCCACUGGCCCAGCACAUUCAGAUCACCCGUGACCGCACUGGAUUGCAGCAGAGCAUCCUGAAGGUGCCCAACUGGCUAAAGAACAACGACAAGUCGCAGACGCAGCAAUCGACCAGUAUGCUGGCGCACGAUGUCACCGAUAUAACCAAUACUAACCACGAGGAUGAGCUGCCCGAGGAGAACGGCUCCUCGCACCUGCACAGCAGCAGCAAUAGCAAUAACAACAGCAACGGCUCCUGCACGGACAUCAGUUCGGUGGUGAAGCAGUUCAACCGGAGCAAGAGCAACAUCGAGACCAAUUUCACCAGCCAACCAAAGAUAAUCUCGACUACAAAUGCCGCGGUGGCCGUCGCCGCGUCCGUUAAGUCCAAAACUCUGGCCAAUCUCCAGGAUGGUCAUCAUCAGAAUCACCAUAAUCACAAUCACCAUCACCAACAUCACCAUCAUGAUCGCGGCCAGGCGGAUGGUGGAUCCAAUCAGCAGGACUCGGACUUCGAUGAGUUCAGCUCGCAGGACGAGGACGAGGAUGAGCUGCCGGAGAAGUCACAGGAGCAGCCUAAUCCAGCCAUCAAGGCGCAAAUGCAGACGCAGCAUUUCUAUCAGAAUGCGCAGGAUCUGCAGAAGAGCCAGAAGGACGAAUCCGGUCCGAUAUUGGGGCGCUGCAAGGCGCUCUACAGCUACACCCCGAAGCUCUACGACGAGCUGGAACUGAGUCCCGGCGACAUCAUCGAGGUGCAUGCCAAGCAGGACGACGGCUGGUGGCUGGGCGCCCUGCGCAACCACAUCGGCAUCUUUCCGGCCACCUAUGUGGAGGAGUGCGCCUAGGAUCGCUCCAGGAUUCCAGGAUCCCUCCAUAGUUAUAAGUGCGAAUGAACGAGUGCGACUGCCAAAUGAGUGCGUGUGUUGUGGAGCGAUUUGUUUGACAUAAAACCAUUGGGAGGAGAAGGUAAUCCUCGGGAGAGUCAAGGCUAUUUUUGAAAUUACUGCCAAUAUUUUCUAUCUAUCUUAAUAUCGAUUUAUAUUCGACGAACAAAAAUUACAGGCACUAGAUCAACUUUGAAACUGCCAACAUUUUCUAUAAACCAAAUACCAAAUUUACACGUAUUUUCAACCCACAAGAAACAACGAAGAAACACUUGCUAGGGGAUAUUUUCUUUAAAAUCAAAAAAGUUACAUUUGCUUAGAUUUCUGCGUAAUUGUCAGAUGAAAAUCAUAGUUAUUUUUUUCACAAGAAAAAUUUAAAUUCGAAAGAAAGUUAAGAAAUAUUUACAAUUCAAGUUACAUCAUUUUGGACAAAAACUAAGAGCGAAAAUGAAUAUCUUAUGUUUUUUUAUAAACCUAUUUAGCCAUUGGAAAAAGCGAACAGAAACAGAAACUCUUUUUUCAUGGUAAUAUUCUUGGUAGACAAGUAAAAAAAUGAUGUUGUUCAAACGAAAUCAUAACAGCACAGAACUAACGAUCUUUCAAUAUUGAAAAUGCUGACAUUUUGCCUUUGAGCAAAUACUUUUUGAUUUCUUAAAGAUAGUCCAAGUGACGAGUACUUUUUGAGUUUUGCCAAUAGAACCGUUUGCC